AUGUGGAUCACGCUGGGCUUAGUUUGUUGCCUAAUAUUUGGGGUGCUACCGUUGGCUCUCUGCUCUUGUCCUUCCCAGUGUAGCUGCUCUUUCCAAAGUAUCAAUGAAGGAACAAAAGCAAGAGUUGUGCUAUGCAAUGACCCAGAAAUGACACUCACACCUGUGAAUUUCCCAGUGGACACAUUUAAACUCCGAAUAGAAAAGACAGCCAUCCGGAGAGUUCCAGGGGAGUCUUUCAAUUCCCUCCGCAAUUUGGAAUUCCUUUGGAUGCCCUACAACUCUUUGGCAAGCCUCAGUGUGACUAACUUUAGGGGUCUCCGGCGGUUGCAAGAACUGAGACUGGAUGGAAAUGCUUUGACCUCGUUCCCAUGGGAAGCCCUGCUGAGCAUGCCUCAGCUGAGGCUGUUGGAUCUGCACAACAAUGAACUUGCCUCUAUACCAGCUGAAGCCGCACAGUCCAUCCGAAACAUCACUUACCUAGACGUCUCAAGUAAUAAACUGGUGACACUUCCUCAAGAACUUAUUGCAAUCUGGUCAAAUCUCCAAGCAGUUCCAUACUUCCCCAAUGACAACUCUAAGAUCAUCUUAGGUUUACAGGACAAUCCUUGGGCAUGUGAUUGCAGCCUCUAUGAAAUGGUUCACUUCCUCAAUUUCCAGUCCCCCAACAUCGCUUUUGUUGAACCAAGACUGAAGUGUUUCACACCUCGGAAUCUGGCAGGAGUUUUCUUCAGUCAAGUCGAACUCAGAAAGUGUCAGAGUCCCAUUGUGCACACGUCUGUUGCUAAAGUGAAGACCAUCCUGGGAAGCACAGUCCUGUUGCGGUGUGGGACCACAGGGGUGCCUAUUCCUGAGCUGAGCUGGAGGAGGGCUGAUGGAAACCCACUCAAUGGAACAGUGCAUCAAGAAAUUUCCAGUGAUGGAAUGAGCUGGUCUAUUUUAGGCUUGCCUGUUGUAUCUUACCUUGAUUCUGGAGAAUAUAUAUGCAAAGCAAAAAACUUUCUUGGAGCAACGGAAGCUUUCAUCUCACUCAUCAUCACUGAUUCUGAAAGCACAGAUGAUCCCACUGGAAAUGUUAAAGGAACAUGGAAUGGAAAAGUGAGUGGGAUGGAAGCAGCAGCUUACAAUGACAAUUUAGUUGCAAGAUACGUUGUCACAACUUCAACUUCCCCUACCUUGGGUGCCAGAUCAAUUCGGGCCAACACAGAAGGGAAUCCAGUACUUCAAGAUGAAGCUCCUAAUCUGAUCAACAAUCCAAAAAAUCUCUUAGCAAGUCCACCAACUGCCCAACAAGAGCCUGAACGCAUAGUCAGGUCUGUCAGGGUGAUAGGAGACACGGAUCAUAGUGUUUCGUUAGCAUGGAAGGCCCCUCAGGCCAAGAAUACAACUGUCUUCAGUGUUCUGUAUGCUAUCUUUGGAGAAAGGGAUAUGCGUCGGAUCAAUGUGGAGCCUGGUAAGACCAAGAUUACCAUCAAUGAUUUGAUGCCAAAGACCAAGUAUAUAGUGUGUGUCUGUGUAAAAGGGUUGAUUCCAAGGAAGGAACAAUGCAUCAUAUUUUCCACGGAUGAAGUUGCCAGUGCUGGUGGAACCCAAAAACUUAUCAAUGUGGUGGUCAUCAGUGUGGCUUGUGUUAUCGCCGUCCCUCUGACAUUAGUAGUCUGUUGUGGUGCCCUGAAAAGGCGCUGCAAAAAAUGUUUCACACGGAAACCCAAAGAAAUUCAAGACUCUUAUGUGACCUUUGAAAGCCUCUCCCCAGGGGCCAAAGUCAAAGGAACAGAAGGGGAAUAUUUGACAAGGCACACGCCUGAUGAAUCCAAUAGAUUGCUCUCAGCCAGGUCCAGUGUUGACUCAGAAGCAAUUCCAAAGGCUGAAGGACAGCCAAAUGAAUACUUUUGCUGA